GGACAAACGAGGAAGAAGUGAUGUUAACCAAAUCUUGGAUUUUUAUUUCGGGGAACAGCGUUUUAGGUACAAAUCAACAACAGUGACGAAUUUUGGGAUCGAAUAAACGAUCUUUAUCACAAAACGAUGAAACGAGAGUACUAUGAGAAGAAUGAUAGUCUAUCGUCAAAGUGGUGUGAAAUAAAUACUGUCAUGACCGUCUUUGAUGGUCAUUACAACAACAUAAAAAACAACCUAAAGAGCGGUGAAACCAACACCGAUUACGUGAUGCGGGCGUUUAGUGUUUAUUCGGAGAAAAGAAAGGAGCGGCGUUCAAAUUUAUUCAUCGGCGAGGCACUGCUCAAAAUGGGCAAGAGUACCUAGUAGGGCAACGGUGGUCUAAAAGGACGAUAACAAGUUCCUCUACUAAUCGCAUGUAUCGAUAUCGUAGUGAAUCAAACAAGUUACUAGUUUAAAAAUAAAAUACAAAAAUGAAUGAUGAUAUUGAUAAAUGUAGGGUGGUCUUAAAAGAUUUUAGUCAAAAGUUGAAGGGUUAACUUUGACUAUAAAUCUUCAAAAACACACAUACACAUGACAAAACCACUCUUAUCUUGUUUCUACUGAAUCAACUCCUAAAACCCUAAUCAACCCAACAAUUUCUUGACAAAAAUGCUGCUCCAGAAACCAAUUUCCCAACCUCCGUCACACCCACAACCUGUAUCUCUAUUAUCAUCAUCAUCUUACCUCUGCAAUUCUCUCAAUUUCCUUCAUGGGUCUCGAAUAUCACCCCUCAAAAAGUCCCAAUUCAUUAUCAAAAACCGUUCAUCAUCUUCUUUUUCAAAUGUGCACAGCUAUGGCACAGUGGACUAUGAGAACAAGCCUGCAACAACAGUCACUUGGAAAGCUAUUUACAAGCGGAUUUCAUUGAUGGGUAAUCCUGAAAAAGGGGCCACUGAGGUGUUGGAUCAGUGGGAGAAUGAAGGCAGGAAAGUUACCAAAUGGGAGCUUUGUAGAAUUGUCAAAGAAAUGAGGAAGUUUGGUCGUCAUAAGCUUGCUCUUGAGAUUUACAUGUGGAUGAAUAACAAACCCGAGAGCUAUACAAUAUCCUCAAGUGAUGCUGCAAUUCAACUAGAUCUAGUUUCUAAAGUACACGGCAUUUCAGGUGCCGAAGAUUACUUCAAAAGUUUGCCCAAUAAUUUAGUGGACAAACGUACUUACGGGGCACUCUUAAACGCUUACGUACGCGCUAGAACGGUAGAAAAGGCCGAGUCUUUGUUAGUCGAAAUGAAAAACAAAGGCUACGCUAGUCACGCGCUUCCGUUUAACGUCAUGAUGACUCUUUAUAUGAACCUUAAGGAUCAAGAAAGAGUGGAAUCUUUAGUUUCUGAAAUGACACAAACCAACAUAGAUUUGGAUUUAUAUUCGUAUAAUAUUUUGAUUUCUUCACGCGGGUCUCAAGGAUCUAUCGAAAAGAUGGAAGAAGCAUUUGAAAAGAUGAAACUUGACGGGUCGGUUAAUCCGAACUGGACUACGUAUAGCACGAUGGCUACUUUUUAUAUCAAGAAUGGAGAUUUCGAAAAAGCCGAAGACUGUCUUAGAAAAAUCGAAACCCUAAUCACGGGACGCGAUCGAAUUCCGUAUCAUUAUCUUUUAAGUCAUUAUGGUAGCAUCGGUAAGAAAGAAGAAGUUCGAAGGAUUUGGGAAUCGUACAAAACGAUCUUUCCGUAUAUACCGAAUUUGGCUUAUCAUGCCGCUAUCUCGUCAUUCAUCAGGAUGGACGAUAUCGAAGAAAGCGAGUUUCUUUAUGAAGAAUGGGUUUCGAUACAGUCAUCCUAUGACCCGCGACUCGGUAAUCUUUUAUUGGGUUGGUAUAUCAGAAACGGGUUUGUCGAAAAAGCCGAAACGUUUCUCAAAGAAAUGUUGAAAGUUGGAAAAUCGAAUUCAACUACCUGGGAGAUUGUUGCGGAAGGUUAUAUUAAAGAAAACCGGGUUUCCGAUGCAUUAUCGUGCUUUGAGAAAGCGUUAUCAAAUGAAGGGUCUGGCUUUUGGAGACCAAAACCCGUGAAUAUUGCGGCUUUGUAUAGCAUUUGUGAACGCGAAAACGAUGAACAAAGCAAGGAGGCGGUGUUUGAGGUGUUGAGAAAAGCGCGUGUUCUUGAAGAUGAUGUUUAUAUGUCGUAUUUGCCUUUUUAUAAACAAUCAAAACCUGAAAAUGAACCGCAGAAGGUUAAUGAAAGCGAAGGUGAUUAUGAAGAAGCAGCUGCAGAUACGCUUUUUAAUGAACUGCAGGCUAGCAUAUAAUCGGGCUUGUUGAGGAUAUUUUCGCGUGAUAAUCUGGUGUUGGAGAUUCUGACUAUGGCCAAAGAAAGUAAACAAUGAAUUUGUUCUUAUGUCAUAGAAGAUUUUGCAGUUUUUGUAUGGUUUUGCAAAUCUUGAACAGUGUACAACUUUUAAUGAUAUUGUACAAGUAGCUAUAACAUUAUGUGUUUCUCAUCUGUUCUUCUGUGGUUAAAUUUGAUGUACUCUGUA